GACAUGUUGGUCUCAAAGGGCUUUCUACUGCUCCUGGCUGUUAUCCUAUCGGACGCUCAUCAUUUGCCAAAAAACACGAAUAUAAGCCGCAUUAUAGGCGGCAUUGAUUCGACGAUUGAGGAAGCACCCUGGCAGGUCUCUCUACAGCUCUCUCUUCUAGGAAUCAUAGGAAUUCACUUUUGCGGUGGCUCCAUCUACAGAAGCAACAUCAUUGUGACCGCGGCCCAUUGUGUAGAAUACUUGAAUAUAACUCCAAUGUUCUUCAAAGUGCGCGUUGGUUCCUCAAAUAACAGAAUUGGUGGAAGGAUGUACGGCAUUCAUAGCGUUAUAAAGCACGAGCUAUAUGAUAAAUCAAAUUAUUCAUAUGAUAUUGCGGUAAUACGCCUAUUGAACCACUUAACAUUCAGUGCUACAGCCAGACCGAUUCAACUCGCUACAGUAACUCCGCCAGAUAAUGCCAAUGUUCGCGUUACUGGUUGGGGUAAGAAUGCCGCUGGGAUUUCACCAGCAAUUUUACAAAGCGUUGAUCUACAGAUCGUUAACAAGCAGCGCUGCCAGCAAAAGUUUAGCGAUUUAAUCACAGAUAAUAUGAUUUGCGCUGGCGAGGAAGGAGCAACCGCAUGCAGUGGCGACUCUGGAGGCCCGCUGGUACAUAAUGGUCAGCUUGUUGGUGUCGUCUCUUGGGGUCGCGAACUUUGCUCAACUCAUGUAGUUUUCGCCGAUGUUGCUGUACUGCGCAAUUGGAUUGAACAGGCGGCCAAUAGACUUUCCUAUGAAUGAAAAAUUAAAUAAAUAAAUAGAUUCGAAAAACGGGAAGCAUAAACCAAUCGUGCUACUCAAACUCUUUGAAUGGGCCA